CAGACACAACCCCAUUCUAUUGGAGGCCACCAUCGGUCGGCGUCCUAAUCCUGCACACACGUUAUAUAAAAUGCCCAUCCACUCCCGCGCCACGCAGAGAAACAACCAAUACUCCAAAACCUGGCAGUCUGCUUGUUAGGCUCAUACCGGGACAGGACAGGAGCAUCAUGAUAGUUAUAGUGGACCUGCUGCUGAUGCUCAUCGACCUGACCUACUCCAUCCUGAGUGCCAUCAUCCAGACUGUCCUGCGGCCGAGGCUCAAGUGCAUUGAUGGGGAGCUCUGUCUGAUCACUGGGGCCGGGGGCGCGCUGGGGAGGCUGUUCGCCCUGGAGUUUGCCAAAGAGGGGGCCCACCUGGUGCUGUGGGACUGCAACGCGGAAGCUAACGAGCAGACUGCAAAACUGGCGCGGGAGCUGGGAGUUCAGGUUCACGCGUACACGGUGGACCUGUCCAAGCGCAUGAGCAUCUACGAGACAGCCGACAGGGUGAGAGCGGAGGUGGGGGAGGUCUCCAUACUGGUAAACAACGCAGGGGUGGUGGCCGGACGGAGGCUGUUGGACUGUCCCGAUGAGCUUUUGGAGAGGACUCUGUUGGUGAACUGCCACGCGCUGUUUUGGAUGACAAAGGCCUUCCUGCCUCAGAUGAAAACAAAAAACCACGGUCACAUUGUCACUGUUGCCAGUGCUCUUGGACUAUUCAGCACUGCAUGUGUGGAGGAUUACUGUGCCAGUAAAUUCGGAGCCGUGGGUUUCCACGAGUCACUGACGCACGAGUUGCUCGCAGAAGAAAAUGACGGCAUCAAAACCACUUUAGUCUGCCCUUAUAUUGUAGACACUGGGAUGUUUGCAGGUUGUGAAAUCAGGAAGGAGCUCCGGGGUCUAAUUCCCCCUCUGGAUCCCCUCUACACAGUGCAGCAGUCGAUGAACGCUAUUUUAGCCGAACAGCAAAUGAUCUGCAUUCCUCGCCUUAUGUAUAUCCCCUUCAUAACAAGAGCAUUGCUACCUUGGGAGGCAAACGUGGCAACAUAUCGCUUCAUGGGAGGUGACAAAUGCAUGCUUCCCUUCAUCAAAAAUGCUGAACUAAAGAACGUCAACGGCCACGUCAAAUCCUAAGACCUCUCCGUCAGUCUCUUUUAUAACUGUCUGAACCAAUGCAGACACCAUAGGCUCUAAGUGUUUAUCCUUAACACGUGAAGGGAGAGUCAAAUACCUGCAGGUUUAUUUUUACAAUGGGAUGAAGGGUAACUUUCUUAACAGCCAUGUUGCACUGCAUACAUGUUGGGUCUUUUCUGGUUUUAUAUAAGUAUUUCUGAAUCCAAAAGGGGAGCCAGUGUUUGCUUGAUGAAAAGGAUUUCUACCUCCUUAUAAAUCAAUAGAAAUAUCAAAUGAUAUCUGUAUUAGAGGCCAAAGAGCCAGAAAGCUUCACAAACAAACGUUUUUUCAUAAUACAGCUCCCAGAAAAGAGGCUGCGAUGAAAGCAGAUCUAUACAAGUGCCUCUUUUUAUUCACAUUAACAAACAGUGGGGAAAUGGAAGACGAGACGAUGAUCAAUAUAUGGGGUAACAUGCAACAGGAAAAUAUUUUGUAUAAUUUUUAAGCCACAGAUUUCAAAAGAUGUAAAGGAAUUCAACCAUACAAAAGAAGCGCUAAAUAAACCCCUCCCAUGUGAUUGUGAUGUUCAGCUUUCCCACAAUACUGUUUAAGUGUACCUCUGCUGCAGCCGUUAUUGUAAUAAACUGACAAUUGUAUGGAACCUUGUAA